UUGAUGGGCAGCCCCUUCUUCCUCUUAUAUAAAAUCCGCUGAACAGUAAUGCUGCUUCGAGGAUUUCGUGUGUUUAAUUUCAUCAGACCACUUCAUACUGCACUCACUGUAAACAUGCCCAUCAAGGUUGGACAGAGUUUGCCAGCUGUGGAGGUCCAGGAAGGAGAACCAGGAAAUAAAGUUUCCAUCGCUCAACUCUUCAAAGGCAAAAAGGGGAUACUGUUUGGCGUGCCAGGAGCUUUUACUCCUGGAUGCUCCAAGACGCAUCUCCCAGGAUUCGUGGCUGAUGCUGAAAAGCUGAGGAGCAGUGGUAUUCAGGAGGUGGCCUGCGUCUCUGUGAACGACGUGUUUGUCAUGGCCGCGUGGGGAAAGGAACAUGGCACAGAUGGCAAGGUGCGAAUGCUGGCAGAUCCCACAGGAGCCUUCACUGAGGCAGUGGAUCUCUAUCAGGACAAUGAUGACCUUUUGAAGGUACUUGGUAACAAGAGAUCCAAGAGAUACGCAAUGGUUGUUGAGGACGGUGUGGUGAAGAAGCUCAACGUGGAACCCGAUGGUACCGGUCUCAGCUGCAGCUUGGCCUCCAACAUACUCUAACUGUACCAGCUUCUACAUUCUUACUGUGACUGAUGGCAGUGUAAGCACAGCAGUAAUUCAAGGUGUUAUACAGUUCAGUAAGACAUCAACGCACAAUGUGAACUUCAUGUAUUAAGCUGAAAUGCUGCACAAUACUGUCACUUAUCUACACAAUAAAACAACUUUUGCAUUCUUGAUGACUAUAAAA